AUGAGUCAAACAUCUCUGAAACAGAAAAAGAAGAAUGAGACUGGGACAAGGCACUCAAAAGAAAGUCUAGAAGCAGAAAAAAGAAGGGACUCUGAGAAAACGGGCAUUCGUCUGAGCACUCAGAUGAAGCGUGCAGUCAAUCCGAAUCAUUCGCUGAGAUGGUGCCCCAUGCGAGGUCACUCGUCGUGUAGACUCUGCCUUUGUGCAGCUGAGGGAACAGCCCUUGGCCCCUGCCACACAAUACGUAUUUAUAUUCACAUGUGCCUGUUGUGGGAGCAGGGCCGGCAGAACGCCAUGAUAAGGGUGAGCAGAGAUCACACAUCUGAUUUUGGAGGGGAGCCACAGACAAUCUGGGGAUCACAAGAACUAUCAUUGCCAAAGACAGACUCUCGAGGAUACGUUGGGCGAAAUGAAUGGUCCCGAACAUCCCGGAGCCCAUCCACCAGGGCUCCAUCAGUAGAUGAGCCCAGAAGCAGGAACACCAGCAUUAAGCUCCCCAACAGCUCCACUACCUCCCGGACUUCAUCCACCUCCCCCAGCCAGCAUGACUCGCCGCCCCCGCUGUCCGGGCAGCCUUCGCUCCAGCCGACCACGCCGCCCCAGGCGCCGCGGUCGCUCGACUCGCGACCUACCACGCCUCCGGAGCCGGAUCCCGGCUCCAAGCGCAGCUCCAAGAUCCAAGAAAAUCCGGAGGCCUGGGCGCACAGCAUCGCACGGGAAAUCCGCGAGUCCCGGGACUCGUCGCUGCGGGACUAUCCACGCACGCCCCCCACCGAAUGGAAGCCCUACUCCCAGCGCAGGGUGCUCUACCCCACCUCCAUGCAGUUGGAUCCUGAUUGUCUGUCCCAGCAGCAGCAGGCGGAAGACAACGACAAGGAUGCCUACUGGGCAUCGAUGAGGACACCCAACGACAAGACCUCAAACUUCUCGCGCCCCCGGCUGCCCAAACCCAAGCAUGCCAUUACCAUCGCCGUCUCAUCACGCGCGCUCUUCAACAUGGUGGACGGCAGGAAAAUCUAUGAGGAAGAGGGUCUGGAAAAGUACAUGGAGUAUCAGCUCAACAACGAGAACGUAGUCCUGACCCCAGGACCCGCGUUCCGCUUCGUCAAGGCACUCCAGCAUGUCAAUGCUAGACUCCGUGAUCUGUAUCCUGAUGAACAGGACUUAUUUGAUAUUGUACUGAUGACUAAUAACCAUGCCCAAGUGGGAGUGCGGCUUAUAAACAGCGUCAAUCACUAUGGCUUACUGAUUGACCGCUUCUGCCUGACUGGUGGAAAAAGCCCCAUUGGCUAUUUGAAGGCAUAUCUCACCAACUUGUAUCUUUCUGCAGAUUCUGAAAAUGUACAAGAAGCAAUACAAGAAGGAAUCGCCUCUGCAACCAUGUAUGAUGGAGCCAAAGACAUGUCUUACUGUGACACCCAGCUCCGUGUGGCCUUUGAUGGGGAUGCUGCCCUCUUCUCUGAUGAGUCUGAACAUAUUACCAAGGAGCAUGGGCUGGAUAACUGUUUUCAACAUGAAACACUAUUUGAGAAUAAGCUUCUUGCUCAGGCUCCUUUGAAAAGCUUUCUGGAAGAAUUAGGCAGACUGCAAAAGAAGUUUUAUGCCAAAGAUGAACGGUUACUCUGUCCCAUCAGGACCUACCUGGUUACUGCUAAGAGUGCAGCCAGUUCAGGCGCCCGUGUGCUGAAGACCCUUCGUCGCUGGGGUCUAGAGAUAGACGAAGCUCUCUUCCUUGCUGGAGCUCCCAAAGGUCCCAUCUUGGUGAAGAUCCGGCCCCACAUCUUCUUUGAUGAUCACAUGUUCCACAUUGAAGGGGCACAGAAGUUAGGCACCAUCACAUCUCAUGUACCUUACGGCUUUAAUCAAAAAUUCAACACUUAGGGACAGGGAGGAGAAAUAAAGCAGUGGCAGUCU